AUGCCGGGACACGGGGCAUCGCGCCCCGGCUCCCGUCCCUACAUCCCCGAGGAUGGAGGCCCCGCGUCCCGGGGUCUCUCCGGCUUUCCUCCAGCCCUGGGCACCGCUGGCAACGCGAACUGGCAGCCCCUGCUGUCCAACCGUGACUGCCAGAUCGACCAGCACCACCGCAACCAAUGCCAGUACUGCCGCCUGAAGAAGUGUUUCCGCGUGGGGAUGAGAAAGGAAGCCGUGCAGCGGGGCCGGAUCCCCCCCACCCACUCCAGCACCAGCCCCAACACCAUGCCCAGCGGGGAAUACUUCAACGGGCAGCCGGUGUCGGAGCUCAUCUCGCAGCUGCUGCGGGCUGAACCCUACCCCGGCUGCGGGCGGACCCCUCCCGCCGCCCGCUACGGCUCGCAGUACGCGCAGCAGGGCAGCGUCAUGGGCAUCGACAACAUCUGCGAGCUGGCCGCCCGCCUCCUCUUCAGCACGGUGGAAUGGGCCCGGAACAUCCCCUUCUUCCCCGAGUUGCCCGUCUCCGACCAAGUGGCCCUGCUACGGCUCAGCUGGAGCGAGCUCUUCGUCCUCAACGCGGCUCAGUCGGCAUUGCCGCUGCACAUGGCCCCGCUGCUGGCCGCUGCUGGCUUCCAUGCCUCCCCCAUGUCAGCCGACCGCGUCGUCUCCUUCAUGGACCAGAUCCGCAUCUUUCAGGAUCAGGUGGAGAAGCUCAACCGACUCCAGGUGGACUCGGCCGAGUACAGCUGCCUCAAAGCCAUCGCGCUCUUCACGCCGGACGCCUGCGGCCUCUCGGACCCGGCGCACGUGGAGAGCUUGCAGGAGAAGGCGCAGGUGGCCCUCACCGAGUACGUGCGCUCGCAGUACCCCUCACAGCCCCAGCGCUUCGGCCGGCUCCUCUCUCGGCCCGCCCUUGUGCGCCUGCCGGCUCCCCGGGCCGUGCCGGCCGCCCUCAUCUCCCAGCUCUUCUUCAUGAGGCUGGUGGGGAAGACGCCCAUCGAAACACUAAUCAGGGACAUGCUGCUGUCCGGGAGCACCUUCAACUGGCCCUACGGGACGGGGCAGUAG